AGUUUAGCAGAGACCAAUGCUGCUGCCUGCUCUACUCUCUCUGCUCAUUGUAACGGUACACUCAGUAGAUCUACCCCGCCUACCUCUAGUCCCCUACCCUCAACAUGUCUCUCUUCUCUCCUCCUCCUCCUCCUCCUCCUCCUCCUCCUCUGCUCUUAUAGACCCCCUCACCUUCACCUUCUCUACCACAUCUAGCAGUGUGCUUCUUAAAGAGGUGUUUGAUCGCUACCACAAGUAUUUGAAACUCCACGAUUUUGUACAGAAACUGAACGUUACUCUGCCUAACCUAGAGGUGGUUAUCGAGGAUCCUGACGAGGAGCUGCUUUUAAUGACCAGUGAGAAUUACACCCUCACUAUUCAAACUAACUCUGCUAUUCUUCAGGCAGAUACAGUAUUCGGAGCUAUGAGAGGACUAGAAACAUUCAGCCAGCUAGUGAACACCAACAACUACUCUCUCCCCACCCUCCACAUAGAGGACUACCCCCGCUACAAGUUCCGGGGCUUCAUGUUGGACACUUCCCGGCACUACCUGAGUGUGGGGGUACUCAAGCAGCUGAUCAGGGCGGCAUCCUGGUCCAAACUGAACGUGUUCCACUGGCACAUAGUGGACGACCCCUCCUUCCCCUACUGUAGCGUGGUCUACCCAGACCUGUGCAGAAAGGGAGCUUUCUCGCCUCACCAUGUUUACUCCCAGUCUGAUGUACUGGAGAUCAUCCUCUUCUCCUACAAACACGGGGUUAUUGUUCUGCCUGAGCUGGACACUCCUGGUCACACCCUUUCCUGGGGGGCCGCCCUCCCUGGCUUCCUCACUCACUGUCCAGGACACGGUAAUAUUGGCUCAGACUAUGGGCCUAUUGACCCGAGUAACGAUGCUGUCUACCCUGUACUUAAGAAACUGUUCACUGAAAUUACAAACGUUUUCCCUUCAGAAUUUGUACAUUUAGGUGGUGAUGAAGUACACUACGGAUGUUGGAAGAGUGAUCAGAAUCUUACUAAUUGGAUGGCAGUUCAUAACAUUUCUGGAAAUUAUGAAGAAUUGGAGGACUAUUACGAAACGAGGUUGUUGAAAAUAGUGAACUCUUUGAACAAGAACUACAUUGUGUGGGAAGAAAUCUACACUCAUCACCUAGACAUAACCCCGGAGACCAUUAUACACGCCUGGCUACCCAACUGGAAGAAGGUGUUUCAAAAUGCCACCUCGGAGGGCUACAGGUGCAUUCUCUCAGCGUGCUGGUAUCUGAACCGCAUAUCCUACGGGGAGGAUUGGCAGCGGUUCUACAAGUGUGACCCCAGGUCCUUUAACGUGACGGCUCCCUACUCCCAGCAGCAGCUGGUACUGGGGGGCACUAUCUGUAUGUGGGGGGAGUACGUGGACAACACUAACGUCCUCCAUAGAACCUGGCCCCGUGCCAGUGCUCCAGCAGAGCGACUGUGGGCCCCAGAGUACCUGACUGAUGUGAAGUUCAUGGAGCCCCGCAUAGAGGCCCACAGAUGUAGGAUGGUGCGCAGGGGGUACCCAGCUGAGCCCACCCUGUCACGUGGGCACUGUCACGUGGAGUACACGUGGGCAACACACCACUAGAAUACUGCUUACUCAGUGGCUGGCAAACCGCCAACUCUGUUAAUCAUCCUUGUUUGUACAUUUAGUUAAAUAAUUUUGUUAUAUUAAUAACUUAUCAAUUGUUAAUGUUGACACAAAUUUCAUAUUACUGUAUUAGCAGAAAUUUGAAAUAUUGUGAUUUAGAUAGUUUUUGAUAAAUUGAGCUUUUUUAUGGACAUUUUUAAUCAUUUUUGGACAU